UGGUUGGUUGAUCGGUCGGUCCGUCGGUCGGUCGGUCGGUCGGUCGGUCGGUCGGUCGGUCGGACGGUCGGUCGGUGGGUCGGUAGGUCGGCGUGGCGGUGGUUGAAUCGCCAUCCGUCCCGCCGUACGUCGUCGUCCUCGUUGCAGGCGGGGGUUGAUGCGGGUUGUGCGCGAGAGCGACGUCGGCUAUCGUCCACGAGGCACGGGCGGCGAGACGACGACGGGACCGGAAGAAGAGAGAAGCGAGAGAGAAUGAGAUCGAUAAGGAGGGAUCUUAGGCGCUGGUUUCGCGAAACGGGAACGCCGGUCUACGACGUGUAGAGAAAAAGAGAGAGAAAGAGAAGGAGAGAGGGCGAGAAAGAUAGACAACAGUACACGGGGAAAGAUAUCGUAUUCUCUCGAGUGUGCGGGUGUGUGCGCGCCGUGAGCGCACGCGACGAAUACGGACACGACUUUUACAUACGCGCGUGCACGUUAUCAUACAUCCGUACGCUCGCACGCAUACAACAGCAGACACACAUAUAUACACACAAGCACGCACGCACGUACGUACGCAGAUACGCACGCAGGCGCGGGUGUACGAGCGCCCUCCGUCGCACACGAGGGUGGAACGAGCUCGCGAGGAAGGCGACGUAGUCGGCUCGGUUCGUCGACUUGGCUCGUUCGCACGAAAGGGCGGUUCUUGGAUCCGGAGCGCCGCGACGGAGGCCGAGGGAGAGAGCGAGAGAGACCGGAAGAGGGAACGAGAGAGGGUACGCGAGAGAGGGUUCGUCCGUUCGUACGUUCGCGUCGGCUCGUCGACAACCGGAAGACGGAAGAACAGGGAGUCGACUACCUCUCUUUCUCUCUCUCCCCCUCGAUCUCUAUUCGCCCUCGCUCGAUGGGCUACGCCACCGAAAGAAGGUCAAAGAUCGAUCCUCGGGCCGACGAGGGUCGUGACCUCGCCGUACGCCGCCGCCGAGUACGAAGUGACCCACGCGCGUAGUAGUACUAUUCGCUAGUAGUAGUACGCCGGCCAGAAGCGCGGAAGUUGUACUCGCGCGAGGGGUGGAAAAGCUGGCGUGGGUGGAGGGAGAGAAAGAGAGAGAGAAAGAAAGAGAGAGAAGAUCGAUCGGACGGAGGAUCAUCAUCGCGAUAGUGCGAUGAAGUCGAUCGACCAGCAGAGAAGGCACCGAUCCGGCCUUUGUUGAGAUCGACGAUACGUGACCGGAGAGAAAAAAACUCUCUCGCUGAGGAAAGCCGAGGCUGAGAUUCACGUCCUCGUCAAUGGUCGUCGUUCACGAGCGCGCCCUCGCAAGUAGAGUAGAAGUGACCUUGCGUGUCCUCGGCGUUGCCCUGUUCGAUCAGCGUGGAAGAUCGCAGAGGAACAGAGAGGCCCACGUAAUCGCGAGGGCCUCGUCGCUGCCGUCGUCGUCGGCCAUAGCCGGAUGCUGGAGGACAUCGGUAAGGGAGCGAGAAUCGAAUCGCCGGCGAGAAGGCGAUCUCGUGGAGACCUGAGCGCGACGAGGAAGCACGCCUCCAUCCUCCUGUUACUCCAAUUGAGCCCUCAGAGCGAGUAGAUAGACGUCCCGCUGCGGUCGGACGGGAAAGCGCUCAUUGACGAUCACCCGCCGCUCAAUCCGCCUGAUAUGAGCGUGAAAACGCGCGAGGGUGACGAGAGCCUGGGGAACGACAGCGCGACGAGGCAGGACAGGAAGAGCAAUCGAGCGAUGAUUAGCGCGGCGAUCGGGACGGUUCUUUAGGGAGCCCAAAGGAAGCCGAGCAGAAAACGAGCACUGCCGAAACACGCGGACACCGCCGAGUCUGACGAGAUAAGUGAUAACGUCGUCCUAUAAUCGUUACUAUAAUCGCAAGGGAGCACAAGAUAGAGAGACAGAGAAAGAGAAAGAAGGGGAGGGAACGCGAUAAUAAGAGGAACGCCUGAAGCGUCGGACAGAGUUCACCGAUCUCGGGCCGAUUCCACGUCGAGCAGGAGGACGAGGUUCGGCAUCGCGGAGAGCUUCGUAGAAUGUCACGGGACCCUUACUCAAGCAGUGGCGUGGUCGGUCCCGGUGGUGGCACUCGCUCGCCACGCAGCGGUCGUCGCGUGGGCGAACUGCCGACCGUCGACCGCAGCCCGUCGAGGAGUUACGCGAGCGGUCGUGGCAGUCCGUUAGGUCGCAAGCAACGAGGCACCCGCAGCGGCAACAACUCGCCGGAGCACCUCGGCUACGGCAGCUACCAUCACCAUCAGCUGGGCAGCCCGUACUACUCCCGCGACGAGGACCUCGGCAGUCCCGUGAUGCUCGAGGAGAGGGGCAGGAGUAUGUCGACCGGGGGCGGUGGGGGCGGACAUCACCGAUCCAGAAGCGCCUCGAGACCCGCCAUGUCCAGCUCGGCGGGCAUGGUAGCGCGUUACACCAGCCUCGACCGUGCCUCCGCCGGCAAUCUCGACCAUGAUCGGGAAUUCGUGCCGAUCCGCGAGCCCCGCGAGCGUAGCCGCGAUCGCGGCCUCUACCUCGAGGAGGAGCUCUACAGCUCGAGGUCCGCGCGACAGAGCCCGAACCCGCACAUGCUGCGCGAUAGCGGCGGCUACAUCGGCGAGCUGCAGCACCAGAACAACGAUCUACAGCGAGAGCUCGGUAACCUGAAGAAGGAGCUCGAGCUGACGAACCAGAAGCUCGGCAGCUCGAUGCACAGCAUCAAAACCUUCUGGAGUCCGGAGCUGAAGAAGGAACGGGCGUUGCGCAAGGAGGAGAGCACCAAGUACAGCCUCAUCAACGAGCAACUCAAGCUGCUCAACACGGAGAAUCAGAAACAAAGCAUAAUGGUGCGUCAACUGGAAGAGGAGCUCAGAAUGAGGAUGCGCGGGCCGAGUGUCGAGAUACAGCAGCAAGUGGAAGUUUUGUAUAAUGAGAACGAGCAUCUGACUCGCGAGAUCGCCAUACUUCGUGACACGAUAAAGGAGCUGGAAUUAAGAAUAGAGACGCAAAAGCAGACACUGCAAGCUCGCGAUGAGAGCAUCAAGAAGCUCCUCGAGAUGCUUCAGAACAAGGGGAUGGGAAAAGAGGAGGAAAGGAUCAUGUUCCAGCAGAUGCAGUCGAUGGCCCAGAAGCAGGGGAUCAGGACGGAGCGGACACGCCACGAAAGAAUCGACGUCGGGCUGUGCGAGAUUUUCGACUCUCGUCCCGAGCUCAAAGCGACGAACGAGAGCCUGAAGAGUCUGCAGACGCAGCUGGAGCUCGCGUACGCCUCGACCGCGUCCUCGGGACAGCCGGUGUCGGGCGGCGGAUUGGCAGGUGCAGUCGGCGUCAUCGGACUAGGAGGUAGCGUAUCGGGUGCAGGUGCAGGCGGCGGCGGUACCGUCCUCGGAGGUAGCGUGGCGGUUCCAGGCGGCGUGCCCGGUAGCACCACCCUGACCGCCAUUAUGGAGACGAAAGACGCGCGCAUACAGACCCUGGAGAAGGAAGUGGGGCUGCUCGAGGCCGAGCUGCAGCGUAUUAAGGAGUGCGGCGGUAGGCUGAGGGAGCAAUUGCUCAAGGCCACCGCUGUGCCGAGCGUGCAGCAGCAGCAACAGCAGCAGCAGCAGCAGCAACCGCCGCAGCAACAGCAACAACUGGGUAUCGAGCCGCAUUUGCGGCCGGCGUACACGCCGUCGACCGGCCUGGGUGGUCAGCAACAGCCCGGCACGUUGGCCCUGGCCAGGGGACCGUCCAUGAUGACCUCGCUGGUACCGUACAGUGGCCACACGUCGUCCGCGGCACUAACCAGUUCGUUGCUUGCCGGUUCGACAGGUGCGACCACGGGCGGCGGGCUGGGUGGCGUCGUCGGUGGCGGUUCCUCGUGCCUGGCCGGCAUCUCGUCGGGCGCCACCACAGGCGUGGUCAACCCCUAUACCGAUCGCUACGCCACCGACCAUCACCCCCAUCAGCUCCACCAUCACCAGCACCACCACCACCACCACCUGCACCAGCAGCAUCAGCAUCAGCUGCAGCUGCAGCAGCAGCAGCAGCAAAUGCAGCAACACUUGAAACAAAUUGAGCCGGCGGCGGCGGGCGCCCUGGCGCUGCACGCUCACACCUUCAACAAGCACGACCUGAACUUCAAACGGCAACUGGACGAGCUCCGGACGGAGGUACAGCGAAGGGACCAGGAGCUGCUGGCGAUGUCGGCGAAGAUGAAGACGCUCGAAGAGCAGCACCAGGAUUACCAGAGGCACAUCGCCGUGCUCAAGGAAUCCCUCUGCGCCAAGGAGGAGCAUUACAACAUGCUGCAGGCCGACGUCGAGGAGAUGCGGCAGCGGCUCGAGGAGAAGAACCGGAUGAUCGAGAAGAAGACGCAGGCGGCGAUGCAGGCGCAACAGGAGCGCAAUCGCAUGAACACCGAGCUGACCGAGAUCAAGGAUCACAUGGACAUCAAAGAUCGCAAGAUCAAUGUUCUGCAGCGCAAGAUCGAGAAUCUGGAGGAUCUGCUGAAGGAGAAGGACAAUCAGGUCGACAUGGCCAGGGCCAGGCUGACGGCGAUGCAGGCGCAUCACUGCAGCAGCGAGGGUGCACUUAGCAGCCUCGAGGAGGCGAUCGGGGAUAAAGAGAAGCAAAUGGCACAAUUACGCGAGCAACGGGACCGAGCCGAGCAGGAGAAGCAGGAGGAGAGGGAAUUGCACGAGCGGGAGCUCGCCGAGUACAAAAUGAAGAUACACGCCUUAGAGUCCGAGGUUGAGAAACUGGGCGCACGUUUGGAGCGAGCGCAGGCGGAGAAGGACCGAUUGGAGGCGAAGCUCGAGAGCUCGCAGUCCGAGCUCGGCAAGAGCAAGGCCGAGCUGGACAAGGCCGCGUCCGAGGUCGGGCGCAGCGGCGCCGAUUGGGAGGCCGCGAAACAGCGUCUGACCAGACUGGAGCUGGAGAACGAGAGGCUGAGACACGACAUCGAAAGGUCGUCUACGUACGGAAGAAGCACCCUAAACUCGUCCCAAGAGAUGGAGCGAAUCCAAGAGCGAGCUGAGAAAGCGGCUGCCGACCUGAGGAGAGCCCAGGCCGAGCUGAGGGUCACACAAGCAGACAACGAAAGGGCGCGCGCUGAGGCCGCGUCCCUUCAGGAGAAGGUGGAGAAGAGUCAAGGCGAAGUUUACAGGCUCAAAGCCAGACUCGAGAAUGCUCAAACCGAACAGGAGAGCCUGCGGGAAGAGUACGAUCGAGCACAGGCUUCCGUGGCUCGUCUCCACUCUGAGAGGGACAAGGCGAUCGGCGAGCUCGAGAAGUCGCAGGAGGAGCUCGAGCGCACACAGGCCACCCUCGGCAAAGCGCAACUUCAGCAGGACAAAUUGCAGAAUCUAUUGGAUAAGACGCAGAGCGAAGUGGAUAAGCUGCAGGAAAAGCUCGAUAAGACGCAGACCGAAGUUCGUAGAAUGCAAAUGGAGAGGGAGAAGCAGAACUACGACUUCGAGAAUCUGCAGAGCCAACUCGACAAGGCGUUAGGACAGUCGACGAGGAUGCAGAAGGAACGCGAAACGAUUCAGCUCGAGGUCGAUCGAUUACAAGACAAGUACGAGAAAGCGCAGGUCAUAAUGCAACGGCUGCAGAAGGAGCGGGACAGCUUCCAGGAGGAAAUGGAGAAGAUGCACGAGAGGCUGGAAUUCCAGCAGAAUCAGAUAGGCAAGCUUCAACGCGAUAAGGAGAACGUGCUGUCGGAACUCGAGCUGGUGAAGGAGAGAUGGGAGAAAGCGCACAACACUCAUCAAAAAUUGACGCUCGAGCGGGAUGACGCUCUGACUGAAAUCCAAAUCCUGAAGGAGAAACUAGAGAAGGCUCAGUAUACUAUGAACAAGGCCCACGAGGAACGGGAGAACACCACCAAGGAAUUCGAGAAGAUGCUGGAAAAAUACGAUAGGGCGCAAAGCGAGGUGUACCGUCUGCAAAACCGCAUCGACGUGAUGGAAGCGGACAAAGACCGACUCGAGCUGGAGGCAGAGAAGCAGCAGAUGCUAGCAGCCAAGUCGCGCGAAGAAUCGCGGAAGGCCCAGGAGGAGCUAGCGCGCGUCCAGGAGAUGUACGACCGCGCGGCGCUGCAGCUCGGCCGCACCAAGGAACACGAGGAGAAAUCUAAGGAGAGCAUCGACCGGCUUAGCGUCGACCUCGAGAUGGUGCGUGAGCGUUACGAGAAGUCGCAGAUCGAGCUGCGCCGUCUGCAGAACGAGCGCGAGAAGCUGGUAGCCGACAACGAGCGCAUCAGCUUCGAGCUGGAGCGCGCGCACUCGCAGCUGAACAAGGCGCAGGCGGCGACCGAGAAGACGCAGGAGGAGCUCGCCAGGAUGCAGCUGGAGAUCGAGAAGAUGUACGAGAAGCACGACCGUCAGCAGGCCGAGGUGAGGAAGGCACAGGCGGAGGCGGAGAGGCUGCGCACCGAGGCGGAGAGCUCGCGCGAGGAAGUCGAGAGGUACGCGACCCGCUUUGGCAAGUAUCAGGAGAGCCAGGAGCGGCAGAAGGAGGAGCACGAGUGGGCGAAGCUGGAGGUGGAGCGGCUACGCGACCGUCUGGAGAAGGCCCUGGCAGAGCUUGAGCGCGCGCGGAAGGCCGAGCAGGACGCCUCGAGGCUGCGCGCCGAUCUGGAGCGUGCGGAGGGCGUGCGAGGUAAAUACCAGUACGAGCAGGAGAAGUGGCAGAGCGAGGGUAGUAGGCUACAGCAGGAGGUGGAGAAACUUCGCGAGCGGCUCGACGGCCGCGAGUCCGAGCUGAAGAGGACGCAGUCGAGCCACGCCGAGCUCGAGGCGAAGCUGCACGAGGCGCAGCUUCAGCUCGAGCGGGCGCGCGAGGAGACCGGCAAGGCGACCGCGGCGCAGGAGCGCAAUCGCUCGGAGAUCGAGCGCGCGAGAAUCGAGGCGGAGAAGAUCCGGGACCGGCACGACAAGGUGAAGACGCGGGCGGAGGCCCUCGAGGCCGAUAACGAGAAGCUGCGCGUCGAGAUCGUGCGGCUGGAGCGGCUGAUGCAGACCGAGGGUAAGACCAGGUCAGAGAGCGCGAGCAUCGAGGUGGAGCGUUUGCGCGCCAGCCUGGACAAGGCGAUCGUGGCGCGCGAUCAGGUAGAACUCGAGGCCGGUAGGCUGGCGAAGGAGCUCGAGAAGGCGCACCUGCAGACCGCCAAGUAUCAGGAGGCCGCGGACGCCACGAAGAAGGAGCUCGAGCGUCUCGCCGCGGAUGUGCAGAUCCUGCGCGAGGAGCGCGACGCGCUGCGCCAAGAGCUACGCCGCACGCAGCAGCAGCAGCAGCAGCAACAGCAGCAGCAACAGAUCGCGGGCGGCGAGGAGCUCGCGAGGAUGCAGUACGAGCUGCAGGUGGCGCAGCGCGAGCGCGACAAGAUGGCAGCGAUCUUGGAGAACCGGGAGAAGCACUCGGAGAAACUCGAGAAGAUGAAGGAGAAGCUGGAGGCGGACGCGAAGCAGCUGCAGGUUGAGCGCGACCAGCUGGUGAUCCAGCUGGAGAAGUCGCAGGAGAUGCUGGUGAACUUCCAGCAGGAGCUGAGCGCGAACGAGGCCGAGCUCGAGCGUCAGCGCGAGGAGGUCCGCAGGCUUCAGCAGCGGGCACACGCGCAGACACCCGACCGCGUCGCCAAGGAGGCGCUCGACGCUCAGAUGCGCGAGGUGCAGCGGCUCAGCCAGCAGGUGCAGAGUCUGCAGCAAACGCAGCAGAAGGAGCGGCAGCGCGCCGAGCAGGCGGAGAAGCGACUGCAGGAGCUGCAGAAGCAGCUGGCGUCGCGCGGCGCCGAUACCGCAUCCGAAGCGCAGCUCGAGCAGUGGCGGAAGCUCUGCGAGACGGAACGACAACGCGCCGACACGGCUGAGCGCGAGACCGGCGAGCUGCAGAAGCGGAUACAGGCGACCGAACGGCAGCUGCACGCCCAGCAGCAGCAGAUCCAGCAGAUGCAGCUUACCAUACAGCAGCAGCAGCAGCAGCAGCCCACGCAGAACGGUCAGGAGGUCGGCAGGCUGAGAAAGGACCUGGAACGUGCGCGCGAGGAGAUUAAGCAGGCGACCGUGGAGCGCGAGCGGUUCCAGGCGCAGCUCGAGAUGCUGUGCCAGGAACUCGAGAAAAAUCAGGUGGACUUGCACGAAGCCAACAAGAAACUACAAGCUGGAGCCGCCAAGGCUGGCGCCGAUACUACACAGGAGCGGAAACAACUGGAGGAGCAACGUCGACAGCUGGACGAACAGAGAAGGCAGACGGACGAUCGGGCGAAGUCCGUCGAACAGAAAGCUAGGACAAUAGAGGAGAGGGAGAGGACGCUUCAAAAUCUCGACCAAGACCUGAAGAAGAGAAAAGCGCGAAUGGACCAGUUGGAGCAACAGUUGCAAAAGAGUGGCGGAGCGCCCGACAAGAGGCUCGCAGAAAUGCAAAGGGCGCUCGAUGUUGCCGAGAAGGAGUUGGAGAAAGCGAAAGAAGAAUCGGGCAGGAGCGCCGCCGAGACCGAGAGGUUGCUGAAACUCGUGCAGAUGACUCAGGAGGAGCAGAACUCCAAGGAGAAACAGAUCAGAGAUCUUCAGGAAGCACUCAAAACCGCACAAGCCAAGUUGAAACAAGCUACAACUGCACAGCAAGAGGAGUUUCCGUUGCGCGGGAAAAGAAACGCGAGGAAUGCGCGGACGAACGGGGGAGUAACAUGAGAGCCACCGACAGACAAAGUAUCAGAUCGAAUUUCUUGUUGACAUAUUAGAUUCUACUAACUUAAAUAUUAUAAUAGUAACGAAAUAUUAUCCGAUCACUUUCUCUCCACGAGAUUCUUUCGAUACAAUUGAUGUCGUAGAAUUUGUCGUUCGCGUCGGGCAAGAGUGAACAGCUCGGGAUUAGGGGAACGUACGAGGGGGAGGACGCGAGUGGAUUUCGCGACAGAUCGCGCCUAAGUCAUUAGAGUUAUUAGUAGGCGGUAGCCGUAAUGAAAGCACUUGUUACACUUUAGACCGAAGCUCUACUCGCCAAUUAAUCGUCGCUUAAUCUUCGUCCCUAAUGGUUCAACCAUUCGUAUCGUUUGUUAAUUAACGCCUCCUCACCGCGUCGGCCACUAUUACGUCCGCAAAUAAAGCAUACGCGCGCUCUCCACCUGAGGCCGAUUUCUCAAUGACAAACACUGUGUUACAAGAUUUUGAACUCUUGCCAUAAGGGAUCGUUCCUUAGUAAAUCAGUGCGCUGAGUACAAAUAUGAGAACUGUCCAUCACGUCAGGUUUCCGCAAAAAUAGGAGUUUAACUAAAAAUAUUUUUUUGCCAACUUUUGCUCACAAAUUCGCAACGCACGAACGAAACGUGCCAGUAACUUCGGAACGGUCUGAAAUUGAUGCUUGUAUCUUCGUCUCCACUUUAAAAAGCUGGAAACUUAAAGUGCAACUUCACAGAAGCCACCCUCACGGGGAGAUGGAGCAAUGUCAAAUUUAUACAACAAAAUAGCAAAAUUAUAUUUUACACUCAACAAAUUUCUGGAUAUUCAUAAUCAGCGACCACGAAAAUUCCUCUAUUAAGUACCAUUGUCUCUUUAUAACAAAUGUUUAAUCAAAAUCCCAUUCUGCAAGAGAUAUAAAAUUUUUUAAUUGCGUUCUAUAGGAUGUUUGUACAAUUUCAACCGCCUUCAAGGAUAGUAUUUGUAAUAUGUAUAAAUGGGGUAUUUUUUCCUACAAUGUUAUUAUUUGAACCCAUCUCAAACAGAAAUUAUCCAGAAAUUUGUUGAGUGUGAAUAAUAAUUUAGCUACUUUUGUUGUAUUUUAUGAGUCAGUACUUUAUUCUCCUAUGAGGGUAGUUUCUGCGAAGGUUUCCGAUCUUUUAAAAUAAAGAUAAAGAUUCAAGCUUCAAUUAUAGGUCUUCUCGAAGUUGUUGACACGUCUGGUUUAUAUGCGUUACCAAUUUAUAAAAAUAGACAAAAACACAUUUCUAAGAACUUAAAUUUUUAUUUUUCUUGGAAACCUAACGUGACAGUUUCUGAUCGCAUUCGUAUUAAGUGGGCUCAAUUUACUAAAGAAUGACAAAAGUGCAAGAAAUUGGUCAAAAUAUGUAACAUAGUGUUAUAUAUAAUUCAAAUUUAGAUUUAAAUUUGAACUCUGUUGUAAGAAUGGCUGCGUUCAGCAGGGAAAAUUGCUUUGCAACUUGUUCUAAAACAUUGUUCUAAAAUUUGUGAAUCUGAUAUCGAGAUAUCUGCUACUAAAUUCAGCCAAGAUUAAGAGCAACAUCAAUCACAAAUUCACGAAUUUUACAACAAUUGCAAAGCAGCUCUCUGCCGAACGCGGUUAACGUGUGUUCUCGAACGGAUCUGAAACUUAAGAAUCCGAGCUGAAUUGUGGUUGAGAAGUCGGCCUUCAGAAUCAUUGCGUUAAAAACGGUCGACACUCAAUUUCGUCGAGAUUUACACUCGUUCCGUGAUAGAUCAUCUGAUGCAUGUCCUGUCAACGCCUAAAGUCGUCCUCUCAAAAAGUGUCACUCGGUGAAGAAACGCAAGGCUUACUUUAAUCGCGCAAAUCACGAUGGAUUUUUCGGCCGUGCGAUCGUUGCCGGCAUAUCGGCGAUUAUCGAGAUCCUCCCCUCAAGAAUCUUAUCGUUUAUAGGCCACUCAAGUGAUCCUAAGACGAAACUGCGGAGUGCGACGAGAGUGUUAGGUUGAAUGAAAGGGACGAGACAAAACAGAGGGAGAAAAUGGGAAAAACGGUCUUAUAUAACGUUAUUUUUCAAAUCGACUGUUAAGUGUGUCCACGAUAAGGAAAUACCAAAAAAAAAACAUACUUUUUACGUGAAUACUGUAAGAGAAGUCGUACCGGCGUUACGGCAAACCUCAUCAGAUGCUGCCUCGAUGAAAAACAUGACGAUAAUGUCGAAGCAACGUUCCGCGUCGGGAGACAUUCAACUCGCUAUUUAACGAAUAACGAGGUCGCACAACGAAUCAAUGAUUGAAAAGUAGCCGCGAGGGACACCUCCUUGCUCCUCCGAGAAAGUCAGGCGGACAGACACCGGCGCGUCCGAAUCGUUACACUCGACCUUUCUCUCGUUGUCGAUUUUCUUCUUAACGUAUCACGCUGCCAACAUGACGCUCACGUGUGUCCGCGCGUCCGAAAUAAAAGCUCCCUUCGCCGGGGGGAGAAACCGCGCGACAGUCAAUGCAUCCAAUGAAGAUCGACGCCGGUACGACGUGGUCCACCCCGCUCCUUUUCUAUUAUCCAAUUUCUACGUAAUUUAACGCUAAGUAAACGAUCGAUAACAAGCUUAACGAAGGAAAAAGUGAAUGGGAAAGACACUAUGAUUACAUUAUUGUAUAACGUUUAUCGUUAAUCUCCAAAAAGGACGCAAUACAACUUUCGAUCCCGUGUAUAUACUUGAACGAAUGAUAAUAACAUGCAAACGGAUAUAUUAGUCGAAAGUUUGAGCAAGUGAAGAAAGAAUGUGUGUGUGAGAGAAAGGGAGAGAGAACGUGUGUGUUGUGUGAAUGCAAACGAAUUAGCGAGUGUGUGAAUAAAUGAAUGCACUUAGGUUAUUAUUCUAAACUCUUUUUUAUCGAUGAUCAUCUAUGACUUAUAAGUAGAAUCACCGACUCUCAAUCAAUCAAUUUCGCGAUAUCGACCUUAAAAAGUAGAGGUAUCAAAAAAGUCAGAAGUCUUUUUCAUUACCAGAUAUCUUGUAAUAUUAAUGUAUGUAUAUGCCGUUCCUGGGUUAUUAUACAUAUAUAGAUUUUUUAUAUAUUAAUUUUUAAAAUGGGUUGAAUAAAUUAGAUAAGUAGGUAGGUAAAAUGUGGUCAUUCAUUAUUAGGUCGAUAUCAAACAAUCGACAGAACAUAACCUUUUAUUAUUUUUUCAAUAUUAUCAUCAUUCUAAAACUAAGCUAAUAAAAUUGCCAAACAAAAAAGUACGAUCACCAACGGAACAUAAGAGCGAUGAAAAAUCCACAUAAAAUCUAUUUUCUUUCGGGACGGUUAGUCAUUCUACUUAUAAGUCUUCUGAUCAGCUUUCAGCUAUUUUUAUCGAUAAAAGUGAGUUCAGAAUAAGGACUUUAGAGAAGAAGAUACGGCAAUGGUAAUUGUAGGUGACAGCUAUAUGAGUUUUGUGUGCAGAUUCAAUGUAUGUAGUUUAUUAAAUUAUGCACAUUACAAUUCUUCAUAUAAAACUCGCAUAGCUCUCUCCCAUAUAAUUGUCAUCGCUUUGUCUUUUUGUCUGAGUGCAGGUGAUUGAGCAAAAGCGCGGAUGAGAUAGAUUCUGUUUCGCCUAGUCUUCGCGACGCUUAACCAAUAAAGUGUCGCAUGUAUUUCGAGCGAAUGUCGCGCUCAUUCCGUCGGAAAUCGUCGGAACUGUGUUGUGUGCGUGUAUGUGUGUGUGCUGCCGCACGUUCAUUUUUCUCCAAUAAUUUCCCCCUCUCGUGUAAAGGUCGCGCGGCUUUCGACGAUUUUCGGCGGUAGGAGCGGAAAUCGAGGAUUGCAUGAGCAAGUCAGGAACAAGCUGAUUAAUGAGAAGUGCGACGAAGCUAGAAUAAGGUUUACCGAAGUAAGUUAAGGGAGAUAAGCUAAUUAAAAUAACAGUUUAUUGAAGUACAUUGUUGCAACUGCCAUGCUGUGUGCCAUUAUAUAACGAGUCACGUUUGUCGUAAAAAGCAAAAAGAACAAAAAAAAGAAAGAGAGAAAAGGGAGAAAGGAACAAAGAAAGAGAGGAAGAUAUGAGAAAUUGAGGUACUUGUGCGUGCUCUCGUGUCUGGCUGAGCUUCUCGGUUAUACGAUCUCGCACGUGGAAUCACACCGUCGUUCUCGCGUCGCGCGCUCCUAUGAUCACGAUAAAAAUAAAUUAAAAUUGUCUACUUUAAAACUAUAUAACUAUAUAAUUUGAAACUACAUAAAUUUCAUCAAUUCAGUUAUCAUAUCGUUAUUAUCAUAUCAUUAAAGUUGUAUGAUCAUUUAGUUACUUGAAAUUUGAUAGUCAUUUAGUAUAAUUGAAAUUGUGUGGUUGAAAUUAUCACAAUAUAAACAUUGCACAGAGUGUAAAUUAUAUGGUUGAAAUUAUCACAAUUUAAACAUUACACUGAGAGAGAAUAUUUUAGCCUUUUUUACAUGUAAAUUGUUUUCAAUUUCACUAUGUUUCUAAUAGUGCAGGAAUAGAUUGUCAGUAAGGCCUAUAAUGUCUGCUAAGGAACAUAACAAAUAUAAGAAAUGCGAGAUUUUCAAGCAACAUUAAGCGGAAACAUAGAUUCUAAAUGUUCUCAAGAAACGUUUAUUUAGGCAAGAGAGAGAGAGAGAGAAAAAAAAAAGAGAGAAGAAAUCAGCUCCAAUAUACAUGUGUGAUAUCACUAAUAUCACACAUAAUAAACAAGGAAAAGAAAGUCAGGCCAGUAAGAACAAAAGGACACUGAUCUCGGAGCUAAGAGUUACAUCCCUUUUUUCUUUCUCUCUCUCUCAUCACGUAAAUAAAAACAGAUAUGUUAGACAAAGUCAAAAUCCCGUGAUUAGACGCAACAAACAUGUCGAAUGGAAAGUAGACGAAAGUGCACAGAACGACGGGGUGAAUUCACGGUGGCAGACAUCGCGAAUGAUUUCGUUCGAGCUCACGAAGCUCGUGUGUGUUGUACAUUGUGACGUGACAGCCGAGUCACCGUACAAUAACAAACGCCGUCAACGUGCGGGUAGUUUGCUAAACGAUUUGUACACUUUCUCGCACGUGAAAUUGGCGUCGCUUCAAAUGAUCACGAUUACUCUUUGUCAGACUGCCAGUAAGACCUAUCUUGCUAAGAAACAUAAGAAAUUAUAUGAGAAACAGCAGAUUAUUUAACAGCAUAUUCCAAUUCCUGAAACAUAAAUAACACAUAUGAAAUGAAAGGAUAGUCAACUAUGCAAAAUGACGACCUCUUCUUCAGUUACAAAAUUCAAUAGUAAUUUUUACUAUAAAAUUUUCUUCGUAUAUCAUAAUUCGUUGAAAUACAGAGAGUGCGGGAUUUUUAGGCAACAUUCAGCGGAAACAUAGAUUCUAAAUGACAGCUCUCGUUACCGAAUACUGUCUACAAUCUCAUCAGCACUAUGUUCGUAAUUGUGAUCAUUUCGAGCGACGCUAAUUUCACGUGCGAAAAAGUGUGUCAAUCGUUUAACAAACGACUGUUUGUACGACACUUUCCACUCUCAACGAUCAGCGAGGCGCGAGGUCUUACGAAAUUCGGGGCGAAAUUAUCUUCGCUGCGACGAUCCGUUUCUGCGAUGGCAAGACGAUCGCCUGAAAGAAAG